CAGAUAGAAAACAUCAUGUCGUUAACGAGAGAACUGUUCGUGCGCUUUAAUAUAAUCUCAAUUCUAUCAAAACGCGAUUGUUCCAAAGUUGUUCGCGAUUUUCGGGACGUACCCUCGCCUAGGGGAUUUCCGAUAUUGGGCACGCGAUUGGCAUUACUGGCCGCGGGUUCAUCGAAAUAUCUGCACGAAUACGUGGACAAGAGACAUAGAGAACUAGGGCCGAUAUACCGUGAAAGGCUAGGUCCCGUAACAGGUGUGUUUGUCUCAGAUCCAGACUCAAUACGUAGUAUAUUCGCACAAGAAGGAAAAUACCCCAUUCACGUGAUCCCUGAAGCUUGGACGUUGUUCAAUCAGAAGCACAACUGUGGCAGAGGACUUUUCUUCAUGAACGGAAAGGAAUGGUUGGAUACUAGAAGAAUUAUGAACAACCUGUUACUCAAAGGGGAUAUGUCCUGGUUGGAGGAAGCUGCGGAUGCUGUGAUCACAGGUUUCCUGGAGGAUCUGGAGAAAAACGGGUCCCUAGGGACUUCUUUGGAUUCGGAAUUUUACCAGGUAUUUCUCGAAGUGAUCGUCAGUGUCCUUCUAGGUGCUGACACCUACAGGAAACACAGAGAUGUCAUUCAACAGCGAGUCGACCAUUUGGCACAGUCUGUACAGUUGGUCUUUGAGACGACGAUGAAGCUGGACAUGUUAAAGGUCAAAUGGGCAGAUAAAUUGGGACUAAAGAGGUGGAAAAAUUUUGAGUCCUCCAUGUUGAACGCCCUGUCAGGCACUACUAGGAUGUUGGAAAGAUUAACCGAAGAAUGUGGUCGCGGCAAUGGUUUGAUGGAGAUGUUGAGAGCCAAGAACCUUAGCGAAGAUCGUAUAAACGCCAUAGUGACAGAUUUGUUCUUGGCCGCAGCAGAUACCACUGCAUACACGAUGCAGUGGAUGGUAUACAUGGUGGCCAAAAAUCAGAAUAUACAGGAUGAACUUAGGAGCCAGCUGGGCGAUCCAGAGUCGAGCUACCUUAAAAAUACCUUGAAGGAAACCCUGAGGCUUUAUCCUGUAGCACCUUUUAUCACUAGGUUUCUACCACACGAAUCCUGCAUCUCUGGUUACAGGAUUCCAGAGAACACCCUGAUAGUGAUGUCUAUAUACAGCACUGGAAGGGACGAAAGGUACUUCGACAACCCUCUGGAGUUCCUUCCUGAACGUUGGAACAGGGAAAACAAGGGAAGGGUGACAAGACAGGCAAGUUUACCCUUCGCCAUGGGCUCAAGAUCUUGCGUAGGGAAGAAACUUGCAGAAUACGAGCUCCAGACAAUGUUAUCACAGCUGAUAAAGAACUUCAAGAUUGAGUUGCUCAACACCAAAGAGAUUCGGAUGGUAAUGAAGAUGAUAGCUGCACCAUCCGAGCCUAUAAGACUCAAUCUGAAGAAAAUUGGAUGAUGUAGCCUAUAGGCUUCUUGUUGAUUUUGAAUCGAUUUGGUUAUUUAAUUGUUAGUUUUGGUUUUGAUGGCAAAAGUAAGAUGAUGAAGAUGGUAGCUCUAAAUGGAUUCUUGUCAUCUGAAGGAUAAUAACUACUAGGUAGGUAAUGUCCACCUCCAAACGAAAUAUUCCUGUGUCAGGGUUUCCCGGAAAUACUUAUACUUGUAGAAUUAUCCGAUUUCAUUGUUUUAAAUGAGUAUAUCAAUAUAAGGAUUCACACAGAAUUUCUGUGAUGUUUUGAAUGUUUCAAAUAUCUCUUAAUAUUUUCCAAAUAAUAGGAACUGUAUUUUG